CCGCCUCCUCCGAGAACGGCUGGGUGACUCCCAGACACGUCCCAGAUUUCCCUUUCCCCUUCCCUUACUCCAAUUCUCAGCCGCGCGGGCGCGCGACGACGAGGCUCCUCCCACAAGCUCCCGGGAGGAAAUUACCCCCUCCCGGCGUGUUUCGUACGAGCGGGAAGUUUGUUUCUCGUCGCUUGCCGUAGCGGUGUCGCUGGCUGACCCUUCCGAGCGAGGCGGGAACGCUGGUCCGGCGGCUGCCCCUUGUUUGUCGGUCAUCGCGCAGGAAUAUUCAGAAAAGCAUGACAAGAGAUGGAGCCAGUAACACCAGUCCUGUCACAAAUAUGUAUUUUGGACAGUGUCAGUAUACAGCUGAUGAAUACCAGGCCGUCCAGGCUGCACUGCGUCAAAGAUUGGGGCCAGAGUACAUCAGUAGCCGGCAAGCUGGAGGGGGACAGAAGGUUUGCUAUAUUGAAGGACACAGGGUCAUCAGUUUGGCCAAUGAAAUGUUUGGUUACAAUGGCUGGGCUCAUUCUGUAACUCAGCAAAAUGUCGAUUUUGUUGACCUGAAUAAUGGCAAGUUCUACGUGGGUGUUUGCGCUUUUGUGAAAGUCCAACUUAAGGAUGGGGCAUAUCAUGAAGAUGUUGGCUAUGGAGUGAGUGAAGGCUUGAAAUCUAAAGCUUUAUCCCUUGAAAAAGCAAGGAAAGAGGCUGUAACAGAUGGACUGAAGAGGGCCCUGAAGUGCUUUGGUAAUGCUCUUGGAAACUGCAUCCUGGACAAAGAUUAUUUGCGAGCAGUGAAUAAGCUUCCCCGUCAGAUGCCUCCAGAUUUUGAUUUGAGCAAAGCUAAAAGGCAGGACUUUGAGCCAGCUAUAGAAAAGGCAAGAUAUAGUAGCUGCUUCCAGAAGCAAAGAGAAGGACAACAACACUUGAAUGCAACAAUUCCUGACAAAUCUGACCAGCAAGACCCUUCUCUGAGCAGCAGUGAACAAGGUCAACAGAACAGAGAAGUCUCCCUUACCUUGGAGUGUGAUGCAACAUAUCACCGGAAGUUACGGCAGAAGCAACUUCAGCAGCAGUUCAGAGAGCAGAUGCAGAUGAAACAGCAAUUCCAAUCCGAUAUUCCAACCUGCAAUGCUAGAAAUCAAGAAGAAUAUCAUCCCCCUCUCGUGAAGCACCCUACUUCAGCACAGCUAGAACCCACUGAAGAAGAUGAAUUCCUUGUAGAUGAUCCUGAACUCUGGGACUUGCCCUUAGAUGCUGGUGAGCUGGGCACUUCUGAUCACAAUACGGCAACUGGGCCAACCCCUCAUCCAAGCACACCCCUUGGGCAGUAUCACAUGAUGACACGCAGCAGAACACCACAAAGGAUAAACCAUCAGCGAUCAAGUGCAAAACCUGGACUCUGCAGUCCCUCCUCUAGUCCCAGGCCUUUCUCAUCAGAUAAGUGCAGUCCAUACAAGAAGAGCCAAGGAAUGAAGAAGAGAAGACUGGAGCCCACGUAGUAUGAGAUGAAUAAACUUGGUCAUCCAGGUAUUAUUCUAAUAUCUGAUUCAGGCAGAGUUUCAGAAGAGAGACUAUUCUUCGGAGUUUACUACAUCCAAACCCAGUAGUGAAAGUAUUUUUGUGUAGCUUUUGCAAGAUUUGAGCAAACGUUUUAAAUACUGUUUUAGCAGUCUCCUCAGAGAAUUGAAAAUUAUACACCUGGAACUUCAUUCAUUCUAUUGACUCCAUAAACAAACACAAAAUAAACAAAUUUUCCUUAUUUUAAUUUGAGGACAGCAGUUUUAAGGAGGGUGAACCCUGUAUACAAAUGUUACAUCAAAUUCUCAUUUUGUAUGUACUGUAUUUCAGCUGCAAGGUGAGCUACUGUUAUACUUUUGAUGUAAAACAAUUUCCAUUAAAACAAUAUAACAUAUCUAACAAGCUGAAGGAGUAUGUAUUUUUUUAGAUGAAUUACUGAAAACACUUUAGGGGAACAAUGAUAGUAAUUUACUUUUCUGGAACAAAAGAGUUUCAAGAUUUUGCUCCCCAACAACACAAGUGUACUACUUACAGAAUGCUAAUUGCCCACCAAUAAAGUUAUUAAAGC